UUGGGGGAAGACAAGUUAAAAAGACUCAACUUCCUUAACUUCUCCCUUCCCCUUAUCUCCACCACCACCAACAUCAUUUCUUUUUAGCCAUGCCACUUAAUUGUGUAGUACCAAAACCAGAAUACAGCAGCACCGGAGCAGUGGAAGGCUCGCUGGAGAUGACUGAGACCGUCCUUGCCUUCCCAUUGCCACCCAAUUCCCAGCCUCCCCCUAAACUUGGCCCGUAUCCUGUAACUUUGAAGUUUGAGGAGGUUGUGUACAAAGUUAAAUUGGAGCAGCAGGAAGGAUUAUGUUGGGGAACAUGGAAAGCCAGAGAAAAGACCAUACUGAAUGGGGUAUCGGGUGUGGUUUUCCCGGGCGAAAUUCUUGCAAUGCUUGGUCCGUCCGGGAGUGGCAAAACCACACUUCUCACCGCCCUCGGCGGCCGCCUUGGUGGCAGGUUAUUCGGGAAGAUAACGUACAAUGGGCACCCGUUUUCUGGCGCCAUAAAGCGAAGAACAGGAUUUGUUGCUCAGGAUGAUGUCCUGUACCCGCACCUGACUGUCACCGAGACGCUUCUGUUUACUGCCCUGUUAAGGCUGCCCAACAGCUUGGGCCGGGAUGAGAAAGUCCAGCACGUGGAGAGAGUAAUCGCCGAGCUGGGACUUAACCGGUGCAGGGACAGCAUGAUUGGGGGGCCGCUUUUCAGGGGAAUUUCAGGAGGGGAGAAAAAGAGAGUGAGUAUAGGCCAGGAAAUGUUGAUAAACCCCAGCUUACUAUUGCUAGAUGAACCCACCUCCGGUCUCGACUCCACCACCGCUCAACGGAUACUGACCACCAUCAAACGCCUUGCCGCUGGCGGCAGAACUGUCGUCACCACCAUUCACCAGCCAUCAAGUCGACUCUACCACAUGUUUGACAAAGUUGUCCUACUCUCUGAAGGCUGCCCCAUCUACUACGGCCCUGCAUCCUCUGCCCUGGAAUACUUCUCCUCCAUUGGGUUCUCAACAUCCCUCACCAUCAAUCCCGCCGAUCUCUUACUCGAUCUUGCCAAUGGAAUCAGUCCAGAUUUCAAAAACUCAGAGCAAGGUGAGGAAACAGAGCAAGAACAGAAAUCAGUGAGGGAAACUCUUCUUUCUGCUUACGAAAACAACAUUUGCCCAAGACUGAAAACUGAACUCUGCAAUUCAGAUAGAAUUGAUUCUGAAAGAAAUGCAGAAAAUUACAAAUCAGAACAGUGGUGUACAAGUUGGUGGCAUCAAUUCAAGGUGCUACUCCAGAGAGGGGUCCGAGAAAGGCGAUUCGAAGCCUUCAACAAGCUGAGAAUUUUCCAGGUAAUCAGUGUAGCCUUCCUCGGCGGCCUCCUCUGGUGGCACACCCCUACUUCUCACAUUGCAGACCGCAUUGCAUUGAUCUUCUUCUUCUCGGUGUUCUGGGGUUUCUACCCACUAUACAACGCGGUCUUCACAUUUCCUCAAGAAAGAACAAUGCUUAUUAAGGAAAGAUCUGCCGGAAUGUACCGCCUUUCAUCGUACUUCUUGGCUAGAACAGUCGGGGAUCUUCCCCUUGAACUUGCACUUCCAACUGCUUUUGUCUUCAUAAUUUACUGGAUGGGAGGGCUUAAACCCGACCCUGUCACAUUCAUCCUCUCCCUUCUCGUCGUCCUCUACAAUGUCCUUGUGUCUCAGAGUCUCGGAUUAGCCUUUGGAGCUAUCCUCAUGGACAUAAAGCAAGCCACUACAUUAGCAUCCGUCACGACGUUGGUCUUUCUCAUAGCCGGAGGAUACUAUGUGCAGCAAAUUCCACCAUUCAUUGUCUGGUUGAAAUACUUGAGUUACAGCUACUACUGCUACAAGCUUCUCCUCGGUGUUCAGUACAGCGAGGAUGAUUACUACGAGUGCUCCAACGGGGGUCCGUGCAGGGUUGGGGAUUUUCCAGCGAUCAAAUCGAUGGGUCUGAAUCAUUUGUGGGUUGAUGUGUUGAUCAUGGCCUUGAUGUUGGUGGGGUAUCGGCUUGUGGCCUAUAUGGCACUACACCGUGUACGGUUGAGGUAAAUCAAAGUCACCAAGCACCCAAAGACCAAGAAGGAUUGGUUGGAGAGUUUUCUCCUUCUUAGUUAACGAAGCAAUCAUUGUUAUCAAAUUUUGAUCUUAUGAUGACUAACUCUUAAUUAAUUUAAAUAAACUUAAAGCUUUUUU